GGGCAGGAGAAGCGGGAUCAGAAGCUCGAGCGGGAGGAGAAGGCCCGAGGGGGAUGCAUGAGGGGGGCUCGCAGCGGUGGCGUGGGGGCUAAGGAAUAAGCCCUGGUUGCCUCCUCUUCUCGUCUUGGCGGUGACGGGGGAAGAAGUGACUGACGCCCAUGAAGGGAAGGGGAAGGGGGAAGGGGAAGUUGAGGGGCAGCAGGAGCGCGAGUCAGGGUCGGAGAUCUGAAGAGAAGACAAAGGGCCCAAUUUCUCGCAGCGCAGGUGAUGGGCAGCAGAGGAGCGAUGAGGUGGUGGUGCAAUUCUAGGUUCGAAAUCCGGGUUCAAAUGCCGUGUGCUCUCCGGUCGGCUCGCUCCGGCUCCGGCUCGUGGUUGUAGAUUGAAUUCAGUUUCUGAGAGGGCGAUACGGACAAUCAUUCGCGCCCACACGCAGUCGAUCAGUCGCUCUUCCAUUUGCAUUUGGGGCGGCAGAGAUCCUGGUGGUGGGAGGAGAGUUGGAAGCAUGGGGCUAAUCCGGAGCACCUUCUCGUUUUCCAUGGGCACCCUGUUUGGAGUGUACAUAGCCCAGAAUUACAGUGUGCCCAACAUUCAGGGGCUGAUCAAGACAGGCCUUGUGAUCGCCAGGCACUUGGAAGAGCAGUAUCGGAAACCGAGUAAUCGGAAGGGCGAUGAUGAUUCGAGCUCUUAGAAGAAGAAGAAGAAGAAGAAAGUCACCUGUGCAAACGUCGUGAUGGACACCGUCUGGGCCGAUUGGGUUAUAGAAAUUCGUAAUCAGUGAGUUUGAGAAGGCUGCAGCGGACAUUGCAAUGUUUACUCGUCAUACCAGCCAAGCGCAGAGGAUAUUAGUGCUGUAUCCAGGAUCAUGGCUGUCGGAGAACAUCUGGCCAUGACAUUCCCAAGAAAAGACAUCGAACUGUACCAUUUUACCAAAUUUUUGGCAGGCUGCCGAACUCGCUCGUCGAGUGUUGAGCUCGAGUUGAAAGCAUCUGAUGCUGGAUGUAUGCAUCCAGAUUCAACAAUAUUGUACCAUCGUGUGAUCUGUUAAAACCCUUCCUUCAUGACUUGUGAUACUGUUAAUAGUUGGAGUGAAAAGGUCUUGAUGGAUUGUCCACGCUCUGCUGCUGGCAACUGCAGGACUGCAAAUAAUGUGCCAUAUUGGGGUUGCUGUUCUUCUCCUUAUUUGGACCCCUAAACCCUAGACGAUAUUCUCAGUUUGCACCAUCACCCGGUGUUCAGACUUCUGAGAGUUAGUUUAAUACGAAAGAUACAAUUGCGCAACACCUUUGUUUUAAGCUUGAAUCCGACUUGCCAGAAGGUACUUCGAGUGAUCUGCGGAAAAGCAUCCAAUUUUUGUAGUUUCUACCUUUAAUCGUCGGAAUAGAUUCAGGCAACCUUGAACAUUUCUUUUGCUACAUUUUUGAAAUUGUUAUCUAAACGGAUUGAAGUCAAGAAUCCGCCACCAAAUCGACUUUGUGUCC